UGCAGGGGAGGGGCGGGCCGGCCGGGGAGCGCGAGCGUCCCGAGCCAGCGCCCCGCGGCGGCCGGCCGGCGGGCCAUGCUCAUCACGCUCUGCUACCUGUACCUGUGGGUGCGCUGGGGGCGCCGGCCGGCCGCGCUCGUGCGCACCACAGUGCGGCGGCUGCUCGCCACGCGCUGUUCCUUCACGUUCUGCGGCGCGGCCGCGCAGCCCCGGGAUGCCCGCGUGUGCCUGAGCCGCGGCGGCCGCGUCUUCUGCGUCAGUGAGAGCCAGCCCGUUGACGACUUGAGCAAAUGGGCCCUGUUUCUUGUUUCUCCUCUUAUACUUGAAGCCGAACACGUAGCAUUUGUGACAGAAAGCAUUUGGGUGCAAGGUGAGAGUUCACCGAGACCAUCUUCUUCUUCAGGCCCCGUUGUGAAGUGGUCGGACUGUUGUUUGCCGUUGGCUUGCAGACCCGGGGACCCUUACCAGCUGAUCGCCAGAGCCAGUGUGGAUGACUUCAGCAGGCUGGGGGUGGCGUUCAUGGAAGACCGCCUCCAGAUGGCCAAUGGACUGAUACCCCAGAAGAUUGUUUCAGUGCACCUGCAGGACUCGGCACUGAAGGACCUGAAGGGACUGAAGGACCAGGCCACGAGCAAGCCAGCCCACGCCCUGCAGCCGAGCCCCGACCCUGCCGCUGAGCCUGAGCCUGAGCCUGAGCCUGAGCCUGAGCCUGAGCCUGAGCCUGAUACGGGCAGGAUGGAGUGCCCUGGAGAUGGCGCCCCUGGGAGCGAGCCUGCCCAGGAGGGCGACCGAGGGGAGGGCUGCGUGGAGCUCUGUCACCUCCAUCUGUCUAGUUGCCACGAGUGUUUGGAGCUAGAGAACAGCACCAUUGAGUCUGUCAAGUUUGCAUCUGCAGAGAACAUUCCAGAUCUUCCCUACGACCCCAGCGGCGGUGUGGAGGGUGUUGCCGAUGCCACCCGCCCUGAGAGCGAAGGGAGGAGAGCCAACAUCACCGGGAAGGCGCCCAACAUCCUCAUCUACGUGGGCUCCGACUCCCAGGAAGCCCUGGACAGGUUCCAGCAGGUGCGGUCAGUGCUGGCCGACUGCGUGGACCCGGACAGCUACACCCUCUACCUCCUGUCGGGGGAGAGCGCCCGCCGGGACCCGUGGCCGGACAACUGUCUGCUGCUGGUCCUUGCCACCAGGGGGUCUGUGCCCAAAGACCUGCACCAGAAGUUCAUGGCCUACCUUUCUCAGGGCGGGAAGGUGCUGGGCUUGUCUUCGUCCUUCACGUUCGCCGGCCUCCAGGUGACCAGCAAGGACGCGCUGCGGGAGACCGUCCAGGACCUGGUGUUCUCCAGGGCUGACCGGAGCCAGGUGAAGCUCAGCGUCCUGAGCAGCGGCUGUGUUUACGAGGAGGGCCCCGGGGAGCCGCUCGGCCUGGGCAGGCUCCAGGGCCGCCUGGAGAACGAGGACAAGGACAGGCUGAUCGUGCAAGUGCCUUUCGGAACUCGCGGAGGAGAGGCCGUUCUUUGCCAGGUGCACCUAGAACUACCUCCCACCUCUCCCGCGGUGCAGGCCGAAGACUUCAACCUGCUCAAAUCCAGCAACGUUCAAAGGUACGAAGUCCUUAAGGAGAUCCUGACCACCCUCGGCCUAAGCUGUGACAUCGGACAAGUUCCUGCCUUAACGCCCCUUCACUUACUGGUGGCGGCUGAGGACAUCCGGGACCCUCUCUUGCAGUGGCUGGGGAAACAGGUGGGUCCUGCAGGCGUCAUAAAGUCCAGCAAGCUCUCCCUCCAGUUUGUCACCUCCUGCACGUCUGAAGUCGAAGUCACGCCGGCCACUCUGCCCGUGGUGACCGACACGACGGCCUUCUCAUCGGAGCACUUCAGCCUGGAGAUCUACCGGCAACACCUGCAGACGAAGCGGCUGGGAAAAGUAGUCCUGUUUGCUGAAGUGGCGUCCACCACCAUGGACCUUCUGGACGGGGACACCCGGCGAGCAUUUGCACGGGGACCAGGAACAAGGCCAGAUGCCCACUCCGCGUGUCUGCAGCGCCAUCCUAGAGACGGCAGCCACUCCACAGAGACGGGGGAGCCAAGCAGGGGCACCAGCACUGGAACGGAAGUAGAACUACCUCCGUCUGCAGCUGAUGGGGUCGCGUGCCCGGAAACCUGCAGAAUCAGUGGUGAAACUAACUGCAACAAGAGAGUUCGGUUGAUGUUUGAGAUGCCGCAGGAAAUGGGUUUAAUCGCCAUUGCAGUCCGCCAGACACAGGGCAAAGGGCGAGGACAGAACGCGUGGCUGAGCCCCGUGGGAUGCGCCGUGUCCACACUGCUGGUCCGAGUCCCGCUGCGGUCCCCGCUGGGGCAGCGGGUCCCGUUCGUGCAGCACCUGAUGUCCCUGGCGGUGGUGGAGGCGGUCAGGUCCCUCCCCGGGUACCAGGACAUCAACUUACGGGUGAAGUGGCCCAAUGACAUCUAUUACAGCGACCUCAUGAAGAUCGGCGGAGUUCUGGUCAACUCGACGCUUAUGGGAGAAACAUUUUAUAUGCUUAUUGGCUGUGGGUUCAACGUGACGAACAGCAACCCCACCAUAUGCAUCAACGACCUCAUCUCAGCGUACAACAGGGAGCACGGGGCGGGGCUGGAGCCCCUGAGACCGGACUGUCUCAUCGCCAGGGUGGUGACCGCGCUGGAGCAGCUGAUCGACAGGUUUCAGGACGGAGGGCCCCAUGCCGUCCUCCCGCUGUACUACAAAUACUGGGCGCACAGUGCCCAGCAAGUCCGCCUGGGGAGCGCCGAGGGGCCGAAGGCGUGGAUCGUGGGCCUGGACGAUUCCGGGUUCCUGCAGGUUGACCGGGAGGACGGCCAGGUGGUGACCGUGCAUCCGGACGGCAACUCCUUCGACAUGCUCAGAAACCUCAUCGUCCCCAAAUCGCAGUAGUGCCCGCGCCCCAGGAGGGCCCGGGGCUGGGGUGCUCAGCGCGGGGCCCGGCGGCGCUGGGGCAGCGGGGCGGGGCAGCGGGGCGGGGCGGCGGCUGCGGGGACUCAGGGCUGGCCCGGGACUGGCCCGGGCACGAUGACGCCUGCGGCAGGCAUUCCAGCCCGGCCCCUGCCCGGCCUCCCCCGCGGCUCUGGAACACUAGUUCAGACGGGUAGGCAGGUUUCUUCUCCCCCCAGCUACCCUGUUAGCUCUUUACUUCUGUGCUGUCGGGCGUCACUGCACUUGGUGUUGGAAGGUGACCUGGGUGGGGGGUGGACACGUGGGAACGUUGUCGUUCGGGGGGAGCCCUGCAGUGGGGGCGACAUUUUUCCCCCUCGCAGGCCUGGAGGUGUGUCUGCUGCUCCCCCACCCCAAACUUCUUUUUACGUGGAAGCCGCCACGGAAUAAUUCAGAAGUUCCCCCGUAGUGGGGACCUCUACCCCGAGACUACUAAAAAGUAAAUCAAAGACAGCUCCGGGCCGGGGGCCGGGUGGGGUGGGUGUGGCCACUGUUCACAAGGCCCCGAGGGAGGGGGUUUCCGGUGGAAUGGACUCCGGGCUCAGGGCUCAGUCCUCCUUUGUCUCUGCGGUACUGAGGAGCGGGGAAGGCCAGCUUCCGAGAGCGCCUCUCGGCCUGGCGGUUCGUGCUCCAGUGACAGUGGCCACGGCCACCGAGGUGCGUCCAGCAGGGACAGUCGCAGUGACCUUGCAGAGGAAACCGGUUAAUCACUUCGACAUUAAUUUACGAGCUCGCCUUUCAUAAAUUCAAUUUUACUGCACACUCUAAAGUGACGGGGUCAAGUUCAGGACCCUUAGCAGGGUGAGGGGGCUUGCUCGGAUGUGGGGGUGCUGGACGUGGGGCUGGACGACUGGGCUCUGACAGCUGGAGGCGGGGGCGUGCUCGCUCACCCCACGCUGGGGGAUGGGGGGGAUUUGGAGCUUUUCAGCCGGUGCAGGCGCGCUGGGAGAUGUGGAGGGUCCCCGGGAGGCUGGCGCGCCCAGGAGACGGGAGCACGCGGUGUCACUUACGAGUCAUCAUUCUGUGCCCCUGCUUCUGAUGGCGACGAGGAAGAAAGUGCUGUGGAUGUGGAAUGCCAUAAUUUCAGAGGCAGAGUGUGUGUGUGUGUGUGUGUGUGUGUGUGUGAGAGAGAGAGUGUGAGAGCAGUCUGUAAAAGAUCUUCAAAAUCCGAUAUCCUAAAAGUCUCCGUCGAAGAACAAAAGAAAGGAAGCCUUUUGAUACACGUUUGCUGCUUCCAGAUGUACACCGGGCGGCGGUUUCCAUGUCAGUCCUAUCUCCGUUGAACUGGAGGAAUUACGCACACUACUUUCCAGCCUUAAAAGGCCCAUUUUUGCCCACUUUUCUCUCUCCCUGCCAGUCCCAACUGAAAUCAGUGGAAAGGAAACUUGACGGAGCGCUCAGCUUGAAACAAAACCGCCUUACUGUGCAAGCAGCACCGUCUCUGUCCGGCUCUCAGCCACUCGGGCUCAUUCCAGAGACCUGUGGUCUCCAGAAUAAAACCAGCCCGCCUUCGGCCGGGCGCAGGCAGCCCCAUGGGGGCGGGGGGGGACAGGAACGUUGAAUUAAGUACACCAGCCCGAUUUGUGUUUUUUGGAAACCCAACUCUUUAAAAGGAACUUCAAAAGUAAUUUUUGUUACCUAAGGCUCCCAUUAGGAUUACUACGCCCUGCCCCCCUCCAUCCAAAAAAAAAGACCCCUCUCUCCCACAUGCCCAGGUCUCCUCUUAGAGUUGGUCACACGUUCGAAUGAAGGUCCACACCGCCCUGAAACUGCAGAGCAGGCGCACCCUUGAGGGGGCACCUGCAGAACACCACCAGGAGGGGGGGUCUCAGGCGCACGCGGCAGGGCGCGCCUCUCCUCCGUGGUGGCGCGAGGUGAGCCUCCCCUCCCCUCCCCUCGGCCGCUGGCGUCCCCCCUCUGUGCAUUUCUUCGGGGGGGCUAUUUAAUGAAAACCACGCCGUGCUUGGCUUUCAGCUGAAGCCCCGUUCCAGACAGCUCUGCUGCGGGAGAAAGUGUUAUCAUCUCAUUUCCUUUCUGCAAACUGAAACUAAUGAGGUGUGGCCGUCAGAGGAGACAGAGCUGCGGCGGGCCCAGCGCCCCGCCGCCGCCGCCCCGGUGUCGUCAGGGCGCCGCAGCGAGCCGGGGGCAGAUGCUGCGUUUCCCCGUGCGCCCGACGUGGCCGAGGGUGGACCGAAGACCUUUGACAUCCCCCUCCUCCUAGAGCAGUCAGCGUCGGGGACUCCCGCCCCCCACGCACACGCACUCCUCGGUUUGGAGCGGUUCCAUGCCCCGAGUCUCCUCUCAGGGACCUUUUAAAGUCCCAACGAAAACUGCAUAGCCUCUGUGAUCUUUAAACCAUGACAACUGAACUCAGGACUGGCGUGUGCUCUUAGGGUGCAGAAUGGCCCCCCAGUCUAGAGGCCGUGCCUUGAGCACCCAACAGGUUGUGUAAGAGGUGGGACGGCUCCCUCUGAAAACAGAUCGCAGGCACCUCCUGGGAAAGGGCCACUGAAAUGGGACACGGACACAGCUGGGUUUCCUGUGGCCCCCACAGAGCAGGGAGUGGUAGGAAUCCCCAAAUUCUGCAGGAUUCCAGGCGCUGGCUGAGUUUACAGGGCGUGGGCAGCGUGUGAAGGGUUUGUAUCGUGUCGGUGGGGUUUUCUGCUGCAGCACGUGCACUAGGACUGGGCAGGCGAGGGGCAGGCGCACAGGCCCGGGGUGGGGAGGGGAGAGCACGCUCAGCCCGCUGCGUACACCCCAGAGGCUGAGAACUGGGCAGGGGGUUGGUGGGGGCGGGGACCAGCCUCCCCCCGCAGAUUCAGGAUGCAGAAGGACACAUUGUAGGCUUCGGUUCUGUGUGUCGUGUGUGUGUGUGUGUGUGUGUGUGUGUGUGCUGCUGCUGGACAGGAGACAGAGACCCUGUACUCCUGGGCAGUUACUGUGCGUAUCGGGAAUAAAGUGGCAACCUUUGCAUCUUUAACUUUUCAAAGAAUGAUGUCAGAAAUGUAAUUAAGCCAAUGCCUAUAAAAAGCAAGUCUACCAAAAUAAACUUUAAGGCUUUCUAUACAA